GUUUUGUUCAGUUUCCACUGUAGGGUUCUUGUGUACUCUCACACAGCCUCUCUGGGUUUCUGUUCUGCUGCACUGCAGACUGAUUAAGGGACACUUUCCAAACCGCAGGUCUGUCUCUUAUUAGUCCUCUAAGCUCUUUCGUUGGCUGCUUUGUUCUUUUAUUUCGAUCCAUAUUCAAUCUAAUUUCAGACUUCUUUAGCUUUCUGAAAUUCUGUAGACUUUCUCCACUUAGUCGUUUUUAGCCUUAUUUUUAUUUUUUAAAGAUUCAUCUUCCUUUUCUCAUCUCUGCACAAAGUAGUUAUUUCCUCUUUUCUUCUUUAGUCUUUACUAUUCCUGAAUAUUCGCUAAUAGCCUUGAUCUUAGACACUCAAAACUCAUUACAGACUAGAUACUCUUUAUUUUCAUUUGCUUUUUAAUUCUGUUCCUUAUGUCAAAAGAAGAAAUGUAUGUGAAAGGCGCUUACAAACCAGAAAGCACUAUACACACGUAUAACUUAUUGAGGUUAACAAAGGACCACUGUGCCUCUUUUCACGCUUUCUGCUCUUCCCAGCCAAAAGAACUUCUCCAUAGACGAAGGAAAUAUUGAAGAAAAAUAAAGCUGUGGAGUUGUCUCUUAGCAACUGAGUUCGUGCCUUAUAAAUCUUAUCCACUUUAGAUUACUGCUGCUCAAAUCACUUGCUUUUCUUACUGGCACAGUACAAAUAAUGUUAUUAAAUUAUAGGAAAACAAUGGGAAAAAUCUAAUGAAUGAGUCACUCAGUUAAUCAAUCGCACUCUGUUUUUGCAUGGCACAAUUGGCAUAGCUGGGUUGUUUCUCUAAAUUAUAAUUGUAAAACGUUUUGUUAUAUAUAUUUUAUUGCAACAUUAGUUGUAAACAAAGUAUAAGUUAAAUACCACCUUAUUUAUUUCUAGGUUGCCUGAGUCCUGAAACAAUUAUGGAUCAUACUGGUAGUUUAUAACAUAUGCCAGACCACCUGAAGCUUUCCUAGCUAAAAGAAACUGCCUGUCGUGUCAACAUCGUGCAAGUGUGGGUGAUUCCGGGACAUAGAACCAAGGGCUACUAUGUAAAAUAUUUAAGAAUAAGAUUGUGGACCACGUGCUUCGGGGUUGGCAAGGCCACUCCUAUGUUCAGAGUUACAGUGGGGAGGAGGGAUUUAUAUCCAAAGAAGAGUUCAUGGUUUCUUCUCUGAAGAUCUGGUCACCUUUCAGGUCGAUUGCAGUCUGAAGAAGCUAAAAAAGAUGGUAACAGUAUGACUAAAUACACUGAGAAACUAGAAGAGAUCAAAAAAAAUUAUAGGUACAAAAAAGAUGAGCUUUUUAAGAGACUAAAAGUUACAACUUUUGCCCAGCUGGUCAUCCAAGUUGCUUCCCUAUCUGAUCAAACACUGGAAGUGACAGCGGAGGAGAUUCAGAGGCUAGAAGACAAUGAUUCUGCAACUUCAGACCCCGAUGCUGAAAUUACUGCUGGGACCAACGGGAAAGGGAGCCCGGGCGAGCAGUCACCUAGCCCUGUCCAGUUCAUAAACAGCACAGGAGCAGGGGACUCCAGUCGCUCAACUCUGCAGAGCGUCAUCAGUGGUGUUGGGGAACUGGAUCUGGACAAAGGGCUAGUGAAGAAAGCAGAGCCUAAUACCAAAGACAAACCUUAUCCUGACUGCCCCUUCCUGCUGUUAGACGUGCGUGAUAGAGAUUCUUACCAGCAGUGCCACAUUGUUGGAGCUUACAGUUACCCAAUUGCAACUCUGUCUAGAACAAUGAACCCUUAUUCAAAUGAUAUUCUUGAAUAUAAAAAUGCCCACGGCAAGAUCAUCAUCCUGUAUGACGACGAUGAAAGGCUGGCCAGUCAGGCAGCCACUACCAUGUGCGAGCGGGGAUUUGAAAAUCUCUUCAUGCUGUCUGGAGGUCUGAAAGUCUUAUCUCAGAAAUUCCCAGAAGGACUGAUUACUGGUUCCCUUCCAGCACAUUGCCAGCAGGCCCUUCCUCCUGGUUCUGCCCGGAAGCGAUCCAGCCCCAAAGUGCCACCCCUACCUGCUGAGAAUAAAUGGAGAUUUACCCCAGAAGACUUAAAAAAGAUAAAAUAUUAUCUGGAAGAGGAUCAGGGUCCCACAGAAAAUUCUAGCCGUCUAAACCAAGUUAACUCCUCUGGAAGAGACUCCAAGGUGCCUGGUGCCCGCAGUGCUCAGAACCUGCCUGCUGGGGGCCCUGCCAGCCACUCGAACCCCCGCUCACUGGGCAGCGGACACCAGCAAGGCAAACCCUGGAAGUAAAGACUUUGUUCACUUAGUCAAAUAAAUGUUUUUUUCUCUUUU